UCGAUUUUUCAACGCAUGGAUUUGUUAUUGAUGAAAAUUAUCUAUACUUUACAUUAAUUUGCGAUCCACGAUGCAGGUGUAAUACACCUAAGGAUAGUCUUGUUUUAUAGAGCAUAAGAAAAUUCACUGUGAAGGGUCCGAAUAAGCAUGGUUUAACGGGUGGUUUUGAGAGCCAUGUACCUAUUUAUGUGGCUUUUUCUCGUUGGUAAAGUCAAAUCAACUACUACACCUUCCUCUGUGAGUUAUGACACAGUAGAGGAGAGCUAUGAAUUAAUUUCCGAAGAUUUAUUAAGAGUGCAUUCUAGUUCUGAUGUAUCGUAUCACAGUUUAUGGAACAAGGUUGGUUUUAAUGGACACGACACAGACGAUAAUAGAAGACGAGAAAUAAUUGAUGACUGGAACGAAUUGAGACCUCUAACUAUUAAUAUGUAUUUCUGCACAUCAGGCUAUCCGAACUGUGACGAAAAUGAGUAUAUACUAGCUAUUUCUAUAGAUGUAAUACAAACUUCACUUGUUGGAAAUAUUUCUAAUUGGGAUGGUAUACAAUGCAAGGCUGACUACAACUCUAAAAUAACAGACGACAGUUGCAGUUUUAUAGGAGACACUAUCAAUAUAGUUAACAGACAAAUUGAGAUAAGUAAAAAUCAAGAUAGACAGUUCAACAUAGUUGAACAAGGUGGAAACCCCAUAUCAGCAAACCAUCUUUUCGUUGUGGGCGUUUACAAUGAAACUGUUUGCGCUUGUGAUUGUGUUUACUUUGAUAAAAUGGAAAUGUUUAAAAACCAAACUCGAGAGAAAAAGUCUAUGGAGAAACUGAAGGAAGAAAUGGCACCGGAGUUAGCAGAAAUGAAAAAGAACUUGACUGUUGAUCCCAAAACAAUGUCAUCAUUUCUAAAUACAAAAGUCAGCAAAGGCGACGAGCGGAAAUCGUCGAAACAGAUUGGUGUGUUAGGAAUUGUUUUUCUGACCAUCGAAGUGUGUGCACUUGUAUUAGCAGAUCUGAUAUCAUUUAGACAACACUGGGCAAUGAUCCGUGAUAAUUGGAACGGCUUUCUAGCGCGGUUUUAACUUAUGAAGAAACAUGACCAUCGAAUAAGUCAUGUUUUGUUGACAAAACAAUUAUAAAAGCCGUGUAUACAUGAGUGCGUGUUUAAGUUUUUGUUAUUUAUAUUUGGUUUGUUAGACAAAGGUACGUCUGGUGUUUAAACUUAAUGUUCACAAAUUUAGACGUGCUGUAAAACACUUAAGAUUGUGACGUGCUGUAAAACACUUAAGAUUGUGACGCCUGUAAAACACUUCAGAUUAUGAGAAUAUUGUAUUACUUCACCUCUUAUAUAGAAGUUGAUAUAAGAAAAUAUUUUGAACACAUAUUUCUGGGAAAAUUCUUUAGAUAUAAAAGAGACAUAUAAUACAAUUAUUAUAUGUCUCUGGAUAUACCUUUUCGUUUAUGAAUUUUUGAUAUCAUUUUUGUCACCUGGAAAAGUUGCUGACAUCAAGGACUGUUAGUAUAAAAGUCCCAGUACUUACGGGACUGAAAGCCGUUAUACCAAUCAGUGUAAUUGUAGUGUUAGUAUAAUAGUCCCAGCUGACAUCAACUUCUGAUAUUUAAUUUUAUUGUAAGCUAAACAAAGUAUGACAUUUUAGAAAGACAGACAACUCAGAGAGAUAAUAAAUGUCAGCAAAAAGCAUAAUGAGGAAAAAAUGAUAUUCUAUUAGAAAUUUGUCUUCUUUCCAACUGUUUUGAGUUCAUAUGAAAAUGUUCACUAUCUUGAGGUAUGUAAUGGCAAAUAAAAAAAGAACCCGAAAAUAGUAUAUAUAUUUUGAAAAGAGUUGUACAAUUUUUUGUUUGAAGUUUAGAUAAUUCAUUUCUGAAAAAAGAGAUUUGUUUAAAAAAAUAAACAACUGGUCAAAGAAGGGGUAUUUAAAUUUCAAAACAGAUUUCUGUUUAGAACCAAACCGUUUGAAAUUAAAACUGGUCACAUUAGUAAAUUGAGGGUGCGUAACAUUAAGUUUCCCGUUAAAACCUGGUGAUGGAGAAAUAUAGAGUAUUGAGAAAAUUUGUUCAAUUUGUGGAACUGGUCUUGGGGAUGCUUUAUAUUUUUAUAUAUGUGUAUGUAAAAUUAUUGUAGUAAAAGAUUGAGAGAAGUUUAUACCUCUACAAUGUAUAUCAUACCAAAUAUCAUAAAAGGGUGCUUGGUAUGCUAAAAUUUCGUAAUAACAAUUUGUUGUAUAGGAUAUAACUUUUUAACCAAACGGUAGAAAAGAUGCUACUUAAAGUUAACUUUUUUUUUAUAUAUAAUGUCUUUAUUUUUGACAAUGUUGUUUAUUGGCAAUUUGUACAGUUUAUCUUUGAUCCUACUGCCUAAUAUUUGUUUAGAUCAUGGACAGGACUAGAUACUUGUAAAUAUUAGGCAAUGUCAUCAUGUAUCAGUGCAGCAACGUCCCGUGGUCAUAUCAAUCCGCGUCAAUUUAUCAAUGAAAUGCACGCAAUUUCAUUGAUACAACUGAACAACUAUCACAAGAUAUUGUACACAUGAACUAAUCCAUUUUAUUUCAUAUUCUCAACCAAAAAAACUUAGUUCUAAGACAAAUUGCUGAAAAAAAGAAUAAUGACAUUUUAUUUUUUGAUACAAACUUCAUCAUCUUGAAUAUCAGCUCGCCCUUGCAGGUUCGUUUGAUAUUCUUGCUGAUUAAGUCAGUACCAAAAACAAAAAUGUCAUUAUUCUAUAUGUAUUAAACUUACUACUUAUUUUAUGAAGUAUGUGGUGUUAUAUAUUUAGUAAGGUGCUCUUACUACCCAGUCUUCUAUGGCUGUGUUUUUCUUAAUAAACCAUGAAACUAUG